CCGGGUGUGAGACUGUGUCCCUGCGUGUCGCUGACACACACGCACACUGAUACCAGCCCUGCUUCGACGUGCGUGUCAUGGCUUAAAAAUAGAUGCUAAUCCGUCAACCGGUCUGGCGUUGGCAGCCGAGGCGGCGGUGGCGGCAGAGUCAUGGCCGUGGGGCUGCCUGCGCCUGCGAUCUGUCUUCGGGACUGAGACCCGCGCCGCCUCCGGAGCUGCUACCUGGAGACUGACCCCUCAUCACCGCGGCCACCCCUGUGGCUGCCACGGUUCCUGCCGCCUCUAAGAUGUGCCCUGGUAACUGGCUCUGGGCUUCGGUGACAUUUAUGGCCCGCUUCUCCCGGAGUGGCUCGAGAUCUCCUGUCCGUACGAGAGGGGCCCUGGAGGAGAUGCCAGCCGUCCAGCAUCCCUUGCUCAACGUCUUUGAGUUGGAGAGGCUUCUCUACACGGGCAAGACGGCCUGUAAUCACGCCGACGAGGUCUGGCCAGGGCUUUACCUCGGAGACCAGGAAAUAGCCAACAACCACCGGGAGCUCCGUCGCCUGGGCAUCACCCACGUGCUCAACGCCUCUCACAGCAGGUGGCGAGGGACGCCCGAGGCCUACGAGGGGCUGGGCGUCCGCUACCUGGGUGUCGAAGCCCACGACUCGCCAGCCUUCGAUAUGAGCGUCCACUUCCAGGCGGCCGCCGACUUCAUCCAUCGGGCUCUGAGCCAGCCGGGAGGGAGGAUCCUGGUGCACUGCGCCGUGGGAGUGAGCCGCUCGGCCACCCUGGUGCUGGCCUACCUCAUGCUGUACCACCGCCUCACCCUCGUGGAGGCCAUCAAGAAAGUCAAGGACCAGCGAGGCAUCAUCCCCAAUCGGGGCUUCUUGAGGCAGCUCCUGGCCCUGGACCGCAGGCUGCGGCAGGGUCUGGAGGCGUGAAGGGAGGGGGAGGGAGGUCAGGCCGGGCCUGUGGGUUCCUGGAUCCCAGCUGGGGAGCGGAGGCCCGGAGGGCAGGUUGGAGGAGGCCCAGUGAACCCAUUCUCUCCUGAGAGGGCUGGGACGUGGCCCCAGGCCACAGCUGCUGUUUGUCAAGAGGGGAUGGGGGGUGAGAUGGGCAGAGUGACAGUCACCCAGGCGGGAGCUGGCCAGGGAAGGGGGCUCCUAGGCUGUAGGUAGAAGAUGGUCCUGGAUUCCAGCCAGGGUGGUCCUGGCGAUUCACAGCCCCUUCCCCUCUUUGUGCUCAAGUGCUCCCCCUCCUUCCCGUAUCAGGACAGAAGGACCAGCUCUGCCCUGUGCCUGUGCCUGGAGUCAGGGACACAGCUAACACGAAUGUGAUGGUGUCGAGUCGUGUGGAGACGGUAGCGUAGGGACAGACGGUGAAGAGAUGGUGUGAGAAGCUCAGGGAGAAACCCAGAGACUUGUUACUCCAAAUGCGGGAAGAAGAGGUGUGGGAGGCUUGGCAUGGUGCCCGUGGCUGCUGGUCGUGGCCCAACACUGCAGAGGUGCAUGACUGGGAGUCUGUAGAUAAUCACUUACUGGAUCCAAGUGUCUCCAGGAAAAAUAAAGAUGGUGAAUACGAA